AUGGAACCACAAACAACUGUUCUAACUAUUGAUGACAAUUUUGAAUAUCCUUAUGGAGCAGAAAGAUUUUUUGGACUCGGAUUGGUUGCUUUGAAUCCAGUGUUUUAUGACAAUGGAACAUUUCAAUUUGAAAGUUAUGGAUUCCAUCAUAAUACAACUAUUGAGAUGAUUCGUAUUGAUAAAAGUCCAUUUUGGAAAUAUCAUUCUGAAAAAAGAAGAAUGUGCCAUGAUAAACUUUAUGAGUAA